GAAACGGAAAUGGUUUAUUUAAUGACGCACUCAACACAUUUUAAAGAUAUUACUGAACAUUGGGAAACAUGAAAAUUAAAUUAUGUCUUGCUAUCAGUGUUGUGGAUUUGCUUCACAUGGUGGAAACUAACAGACCAUUUGGCUAACGUAGUGUUUUAUUCAGCAAUAGUUUGUCGCUGUGUGAUCCUGCUGCUGGUCAACACAUAUACACAAAAAGAAGAAAGAAACAAGUUGUUGUUCCGUUAUAAUGUACAAGCUGAUAUCCUGUUGCUGUUAAUUUUCCGACUAGCAAUACUAGAGAUAUCCAUUUGGCGGUACGAGUUGGUAUGUACCGUGCUUAUUUGCUACUAUCAGUUUCUUGAAAAGGAAUUUCUUUGGAAGUUAUUACAACUUUUAGCUCGUUACCUUUUUAACACCAAUGAGUCGAGUAGUCAAAGUGUUAAAACGAAAAUGUUGAACAAUAAAUUUUUUAGCUGCCUAUUUGCGAUUCAAAUUGCCGUGGAUAUGUAUGCAAACAAAUUAUAUCUCUUUCUAUUAGUGUUUGAUGUUAUCAGUAUAAUGCUGUCUAUGAGAUUCUCUCCAAUUGGACAUGAAUGCAAGCAGUACAAAAUGGACGCCAGACCAAAGGGCAUGUGUGUGAUCAUUAACAACAAAGACUUCACCUCUCGCAGAAUGAGCAAAUGGAAUGGGACGGACGAAGACGUCCGUAAACUGAAGAGUUUCUUCAAACAAUGUGAGUUUGAAGUCAAAAUCUUUGAAAACCAGAUUCAACAAGAUAUGUUGAAAGAACUGAAACAAAUAUCAUUGAGCGACCAUCGAGCAUAUGACUGUUUUGUGUGUUUCAUCCUCUCUCACGGCCAACACGGGUCCGUGUUUGGAACUGACGGACGUCCUGUCAGUGUGGCAGAAAUAGAGUUGUUUUUCUCCGCCAGGCAGUGUUCCACUUUAGCGAAGAAGCCCAAAUUGUUCUUCAUCCAGGCUUGUCAGGGAGGGGCACCUGCACAAGGUGUCAACGUGGAUAAGGUUGAUCAUGAAGGAAGCUACGAGUGUGACGUCACAUGCGAGUUUCCCGUACAUGAACACGCCGAUUUCCUGACAGUGUUUGCUACGACUCCGGAACACUUCGCCUACAGAGACCCGACAAACGGCUCUCCUUUCAUAUCCACCUUGAUCAAUGUGAUGGACAGGUGCCGUGGAUGGAGCCUUGACGACAUCUUUAAUAAAGUCAGGGAUGAUAUGGACAAGUGUGUUGGACAAAAACAGAUUCCAGAAACGAAGUCAACCUUAACGAAACUAGUUGUGCUAACUUAGCAAACUCGGGGUGAAGGUGUGUUUUUCUUCAUCACAAGUCUUUUGCUAUGUCCUGAUAAUGAGGAACACUGUUGUGAAAUGACAAGAUUUCACCGCUGAUCUGAUUGACUUUCAUACAAGAACAUAGUGUUGUGUUAUAAAGACAGCUGAUCUGACUGAUUUUCAUACAAGAACAUAGUGUUGUGAUAUAAAGAGAUCUGAUCUGACUGAUUUUCAUACAAGAACAUAGUGUUGUGAUAUAAAGAGAUCUGAUCUGACUGAUUUUCAUACAAGAACAUAGUGUUGUGAUAUAAAGAGAUCUGAUCUGACUAUUGUCAUAUAAGAACAUAGUGUUGUGUUUUAAAGACAGCUGAUCUGACUGAUUUUCAUAUAAGAACAUAGUGUUGUGUUAUAAAUUUGAUCUGACUAUUUGCAUAUAAGAACAUAGUGUUGUGUUUUAAAGACAGCUGAUCUGACUAUUUUCAUAUAAGAACAUAGUGUUGUGUUAUAAAUUUGAUCUGACUAUUUUCAUAUAAGAACAUAGUGUUGUGUUAUAAACUUGAUCUGACUAUUUUCAUAUAAGAACAUAGUGUUGUGUUUUAAAGACAGCUGAUCUGACCGAUUUUCAUAUAAGAACAUAGUGUUGUGUUAUAAAGACAGCUGAUCUGACCGAUUUUCAUAUAAGAACAUAGUGUUGUGUUAUAAAGACAGCUAAUCUGACCGAUUUUCAUAUAAGAACAUAGUGUUGUGUUAUAAAGACAGCUAAUCUGAUCGAUUUUCAUAUAAGAACAUAAUGUUGUGUUACAAAGAGAUUUUCAUAUAAGAACAUAGUGCUGUAUUACAAAGAGAUCUAAUCUGACUGAUUUUGAUAUAAGAACAUAGUGUUUUGAUAUAAACACAGCUAAUCUGACUGAUUUUCAUAUAAGAACAUAGUGUUGUGAUAAAAACAUAGCUAAUCUGACCGAUUUUCAUAUAAGAACAUAGUGUUGUGUUAUAAAGACAGCUAAUCUGAUUGAUUUUCAUAUAAGAACAUAGUUCUGUGUUAUAAACUUGAUCUGACUAUUUUCAUAUAAGAACAUAGUUAAUGUUGUGUUAUAUUAUGUAGCAAUGAUAAUAUUAUUUUUCAGUCAAAUAUUUUUAAAAUAACAUCAUACAUGGUUAUGUCACAGAUGUACAGUACAUAUGGUUUUGUAUUUGUUUUGUAUUUGGAUGUAAAAUAGUAUGAGUAUGUCACGCUAGUGGUAGUACAGUUUGUGUGUAAAACAGCAUCAUGAUAACACUACUAUUUAUAUGCAAAACACUAUGGUUAUGUCACGUGCCUACUAUUUUUAUAUAAAACUGAUGAUUAUUUCACACCAGUGUUAUAUGAUGGCAGAAUAUAAGCCUUCGCUUGAACUAAAUUAUCAGUCCCAUCUGUGUUAUUAGCUAUAUUUCCCUCGAACUGGUGAUCCAUCAGAUAUUGAAUGAGAAACCACCGAAAAGAAACACCUAUUGCUGUGCUUGCGCAGUUGGUUAUUACAACCUUCGGAUUAAUUAUUUAGGCAGAACAAACUAUAGAUGAAUUGGGGAAACAUCAAUAGCCAUGCAAUCCUUUCUUUAUGUUGUUUGUUAGGCGGCUAUCGGUAAUGAUCUUUCAAGUACAGCUAGUGUUAUGGUAACAAUUAGAUGAACCAUGAUACCAAUCGAUUAGUGCACAAAUGGGACUUGGCAUAAAGCGUUACUUUGAACACAUCUGCAAGACCAGUUUUAAAUAAAACAAUGGGCGAGUUAAUCGGCUGUCAUCACUUCAGCAACCACACAUUUAAUUAAUACUGUCAAGGGCGUCUGCAUCACACACUCGGCGUAAUUUCUAAUAAAUUCUUUCACUCAGAUAUUUUGCCAUAUAACACAUUGAUGAAAUUUUAAAUUAGCAGUUACCAAAAUAAUAUGUAACUAUCCGAUUGGUUGAACACUUUCUCGAGCACUGAUGGGGUUCAAGCCAAUGGUAUAACACAGACGGGACCGAUAAUUUAGUUUGAGUGAAAGCUUAUAGUCGACCCUGGACGUGUUCGACCUGUCAGCAGUUAAUAUACGGGUUUACCGAACAAAAAACUCAAAGAGACUUUGUUUUUGGUUCGAGCGUUGUGGUGUGUUCAACCAACAAGAUUCUACUAUAUAUAUAUAUAUAUAUAUAUAAAUACUGGUAGGCUACAUGUAUUAUAUACUAUAUACAUGUUUUUAUCAGUGAACUAAGUACUGGUUAGACUUUUCUCUAAGCAUUCAGCAUUGAAUUUUGUUUACAAGUUGCAUAUUCCUGGGAAACUUAUAAAUAUAGAAAAGUUAAGUUAGUUUUGUUUGACAACACCACUAGAACAUAUUAAUUAAUCAACGGUUACUGAAUGUGAAACAUUUUGUAAUUUUUGAUAUGUAGUCUUCACAGAAAACGCGCUACAUUUUUCCAGUAGGUGAAGGUCAGGUCAGGUCAGGUCAGGUCAAGUCAGGUCAUAGGGCUUAAUGUGCACAUUUAGAGCAAGCUGUUGAAUAACACGCCUGUCCAGGGCAUAGGUGUUGGCCCAAACCAGCUCCUCCGUCCAGAAUAGGAAAAGAGUUCGGGGAGGAUGGGAGGGGGGCCUGCCCAUCUGAGAGGUGCAAGAGAGCAAACAGCAACACAGCCAGGGUUGGGCAUUUGUGGGGCUAUUGAAUUUCGAAUGUCGCAUAGGAUUAAGUAAAAAAAUAAAGAUUGCACAGUCUGCCAUUCCCCAAGAAGAUACACCCUUUCUGACCCAUCUGUAGGUCUGCCAUUCCCCAAGAAGAUACACCCUUCCUGACCCAUCUGUAGGUCUGCCAUUCCUCAAGAAGAUACACCCUUCCUGAUCCAUUUUUAGGUCUGCCAUUCCCCAAGAAGGUACACCCUUCCUGACCCAUCUGUAGGUCUGCCAUUCCCCAAGAAGGUACACCCUUCCUGACCCAUCUUUAGGUCUGCCAUUCCCCAGGAAGAUACAGCCUUCCUGACCCAUCUUCAGGUCUGCCAUUCCCCAGGAAGAUACAGCCUUCCUGACCCAUCUUCAGGUCUGCCAUUCCCCAGGAAGAUAUAUCUAUCUUUAGGAUGUUUGAGAUUCCCUAGGAAGAUACAUCCAUCUUUAGGAGGUUUGAGAUUCCCUAGACUUUUUAACAUUCCUUUGGUGUGUUUCAGUACAAGUAGCCCAUGUGGUGCAAGUGAUUAUUUUCUUCUCUCACUGGACCAAGUGUAGAAACAAUCGUCUGUUAGAAAGAAAGAAAGAAA